CUUCUUACUAAGCUAUUAUUGCCAAAAAUUAAAGCCUCACAACCAGCACGUAUAGUAAAUAUUAGCAGUCAUGCUCAUAAACUUAUUCCUGAGGGUGGAAUUGAAUUCGAAAAAUUAAAUGAUCCAAAUACACAUGACCCAAGACAACAUUAUUUACAAUCAAAAAUUGCAAACAUUAUAUUUACUAACGAAUUAAAUAAACGAUUCCCUGAAGGAGUACAAGUGAGUCGUAGAUACUACCUGUUAAGAAAGAAUGAUUUAUCUUUCCCAGAAACUUUUGUAUCUUCUUCAAUCUCACCUGAUGAUGAAGCUAUUACUACUUUAUAUUGUGCUACCAGUCCAGAAAUCGAAGAGAAAAAUUAUCAUGGAAAGUACUUUGAACCAUUUGGUAUAGAAGCUGAAAAAAGGUCUUCAUAUGGUUAUGAUGAUAAUUUAACUAAGAGACUUUGGGAAUUUACUGAGAAUUUAAUUAGCGAAAAAUUAUUGCAAAAAUAA